AUGACAAGUACUAAAGAAACUGCGUUAAAGUUACGAACUGACGAAACUCACGAUGAAUUGGAUUAUAUAAGUGGCUACUUGGUAACAGUAAUGAGCAAUAGCCAAACUGUGGACAGAAAUAAUAAAUUAGAUGUGAUAAUUCUGCUUCUAAAUAGCCAAAAAUGGAAUCAAGCAUAUGAAGGUCUUCAGUCAAAAUUGACCAAACUGUCGAAUGAAAAAAUAACAAUAACAAGCAUGUCGUUACCUUAUUUAAGGUCCAAUUUAUAUGCAGAUUUUGUUAUAAUUCUAACAACUCCAGAGAAUUGGAACAACAAAAAGCAAAUCGCACUGUCGUUAUGGUCACAAAUGCAUUACAAUGGAUAUUUAAAUGUCUAUGUUGUAUUAGAAAUCGAUCACGAAUUAUUUUAUAUUUAUUACACUGCGUUCACGGAUAAAGAUCGUAUUUCAUUAAUGCCAAUUGAAAGUCACAGCAAAAGUGAGAAAUUCAUGACAAUCAAGGAUUCAAUAAGCAAGGAUAACAGACUUUUAAUAAAGAUCAUAGCCCUUGAUAACUUUCCAACUUCAUACAUCAAAAAUAAUGAAGUAUUAGGAGUUGAAAGAUAUUUUAUAGAUGAAUUUGUCACCAAGCUCAACACGUCCUACAUUAACGUUCAUUCUGGAGAUAGAAAUCCAAGUUUGCCUAUGCUCAUUUCAUAUAUGUCUGGUCCUGCUGACAUUUGCUUAUGUCCACAAUAUAAUUUUUUGACAACGAAUUUUGAAACAGUGUGGCUUUAUGAAUUUGAUGGUGUGUGUUUAUUAGUACCACGAAAUAUUCAUGUCAGCAAUUAUGAUAACUUCUCUUCAGGAAUGGAUAGACCUACCGUAGUCUUAGCGAUCAUAUCUACGUUCCUAGUAUCCAUCACAUGGAAGCUCAUUUCGCUGUAUUCAGAGCAAAGAUUAUCAAUAUUGCAGAUGCUGUAUGCAGUAGUUAGAUUAGCAUUCUUCAACAGUGCUUAUGACUUGAAUCGAAUGAGUCUCAAGGAAAAAUUACUCAUCUUCUCAUUCAUCUUUGCUUCCUUCUUUAUGGCUAAUCUGUAUGAAAGCGCAAUUUUAUCAUUUAUGAUGACAGAUACAACAGUCAGAUCGGCAAGGAAUGUAGAAGAAUUAAAUAGUACCGACACAAUAUUUCAUUCAUUUUUCGAUGACCAAGCAGCACAUCUUUUAAAAAUACCAACUGUUAAGAAGGAUUUGAUUCUUAACCACAUUGAUUUAAGUUCGUCUUAUUCACUUGAGCUACCAAAUAAUAUCGACAUAAACUUGGUAUACAUGGUGACAUGUAGAUUUGCUGAAAAUUUUGUGAUGUCAGCUGGAAACUAUCGCAAUGAUUAUCGAUUGUAUGAUGUCUUGAUAAUGACAAAAUCUUAUCAGUUUUACACUGCGAAAAAUGGAUUCAUGUACAUUGAUGAAUUUUCAAGCUUGGUCACGGCAACAUUAGAAUCUGGAAUAAGAAGCUAUUGGACAAAGGAAACUUAUCGAUUGUCAGGAGACUUCAGUCAUGUAAUCAAAAACGAGGUAAACGAGGAGAGAAAAUUUGUUGAGUUUAGAGAUAUGGCAAUUCCAGCUGUUGUUCUUCUAGUUGGAUCAAUAGUAGCGCUGUUGGAAUUUGUUGCUGAGAUUAUAUAUCAUCAUGUUAAAAUCAUAAAAUCAAAAAGAUCAAAAGUUGCUCCACUGCAAAUCAGUCGGACGAUAACAAACUUGCAUAAAUGGGCAGAUAAAUACUCAAAGAAAGAGCAGAGAUCCUAUAAUAUGUUAAGCUCAAGAGAGGAUGUAUCAAAAGUCAUAAUGAAUAAGAAGCGGGAAAUCAUGAAACUUGCGAAAUUUCCCGAAGGCAAGUUAAAAGGUGGAUAUUUGGUUCCUAAGAAGUUUGAACAGAGAAUAAGGAGAUUAAACAUUAAGGUUGCUCCUAUAAAUGCAGAAAUAGGUGAAACAGAGGCUUGA